AUGGACGCCGACAUCCAGCACGUCCUUCAGCUCCACUGGCAGGAGAUGCACAAUGUCAACAGGCAGCUGAUGAUCCUAUCGAGGGACAAGAGCGUCAAGCUGGCCCAGUUGUAUUCCAAGGUGGGCUGGCUUGAACAGUACAGCGCCAGCCUAGGUUUGCGGCUGAACGAGGCCUCCACCCAGGCAUCCAAAAUGGAGGCACAAGCUCGUGGGCUGGAGCUCGAGCUCACCAGUGCCAACGGCGAGCGCGACGUGCAGAGGGCAGCAGCCGAGCAGAAGGCCAAGGAGGCCGAGCUGCAAGUGGCCGCACUGCGCGAGAAUGUGGAGGCGCUCGCGGCAAGGGCGGCUCGGUCCCAGCACCAAGAGGCUACCAUCAAAGCGCUUACCGAUACCCUCGUGCAGAAGGAUGCUCUCCUCGAGGCGCACGGGGAUGCCCUUCGCAGCGUUGAGACCGCCCUCGAAGAAAGGGGGUCCUCGGUGUCGGUGCUCCUACAACAAGUCGACACCACUUAUCUUCGUUUCCGCUCAGAGCUGCGGAAGGCGGUGGCGGAGGAGACCACGGUGAAGGAGGCCCUCCAAGUCGCAUACUCGUCAGUGCAGAAGGACUACGAGGACCUGGAGGGCGCUGCUGUGGCCACGUGCCAGGGACUCUAG